AAUUGCAUUAGAGAAGUUCAAAUGAAUGUGCUGAAUUUUACACUUAUAAUCUGCGCGGUCGCUGGAGUCUGGCAGCCGCUUUCAUGGACAUCGUUGUUUAAACAUAUAAUUUAUAAAGCUUAUGCAACGUUUCUAAUUUCCUCAUUGUACGCAUUUCUGAUGUCUCAAUGCGUGGAUAUUAUAUUAAACGUUGGUAACUCUGACGAAUUUGUCGAUGGCUUGUAUAUGAUGUUGACAAUAUUAGUAGCAGGCUACAAACAGGCUUACAUGUGGAUAGAUCGCAAGAAUAUCACAAUGAUGAUAAAUGUUCUUAUCGAGAAACCUUUUGCACCAUAUGAAACACGAGAGAUAGAAAUUCAACAAAAAUUCGAAAAAAUGUCAAAGGAAACCACACGACGGUAUUUAAUCAUGGUUACAAUGUCGAUCUUGUCGAUAAUUUCGACGUCUGUCACCACAGAUUUAAUAAGAAGGAAUCUGACGUAUAAGACUUGGUUGCCAUUCGACUAUUCAUCGCCUGCAAUAUACUUCCUUGUAUACAUCCAUCAAAUGAUAGCCAUGUCAACAUCGGGUAUAGUCAACGUUGCUUGUGAGAGUUUAAUUUGCGGAUUUUUGCUACAUAUCUGCUGUCAGUUUGAAAUUUUGGAGUAUCGAUUGACAAAACUUAUGCAUGGUCAAAACAUUUUAGGCGACUGUGUUCGUCAUCACAAUCUUAUUUUCGAAUAUGCGUAUACGAUAAACAACACAUUUGCGAAAAUAAUCGCCAUCCAGUUCGCGGUAAGCAUGUUGGUAGUAUGCUCAAAUAUGUAUCGAAUAGCUGUGGCGACAGACUACAUGAGCUUCAUUCCAUUGAUAAUGUAUACAAGUGCUAUAUUAAUGCAAAUUUUCAUAUAUUGCUGGUUUGGAAACGAAGUCAAGUUAAAAAGUCUUCAAAUGGUAAAUAACAUUUAUGAUAUGGAGUGGGUGACACUUAGUAAUAGCAACAAAAAGGGUCUCUUGUUAAUUAUGAAGCGUGCGAUGAUUCCCAUUCAAUUUAGCAGUGCUUAUAUAAUAACGAUGAAUCUGGAUUCGUUUGUAGGUUUACUUAAGAUGUCAUAUUCGAUUUUCAAUCUGCUGCAUCAAACGCAAGAAUAAUAACGUGAUUAAUAACAGAAGCUGUUACUGUUCACGUUUAAUUUGU